AUGUUGGAGCUGCAUGGGCGGUCGCUGCUUAAUGAGUUCAAACGGCGAGCGCGAAGUCCCUUCGCCAAAUGCAGUUCAGAGGCAAAAGAAGAGUGUCAAGUAGAGCAUUAUUCACGGCUGGAUGGCCACGUGCUCACCUCGAAACCCACUAAUUUGUGGUCUGCUCAACUCAAACAACAACACCUGACAGGCGAACAUUCUGCACAAACAAAUCGAGACGAAGGCCGUUGCGAAUCUGCAGCACACAUCAGGAAGAAAUCGAAUAUCCGAAGGUACCCUGCGAACAAAAUGGUGGAAGUGAUGAUAGAAAGAAAUGGAAUUGUAUGCUCGACUCAGAAGACAAGUUGUUCGCUUCUUCUUUCCAGUCACUCAUCACUACAUCCAUAUCCAAGCAAUAGGCCAAGUCAAUGUCUUCUAGAUCAAUCGGAUACCAGUUUCCCCAAAAGGAAGAAAGACUUGGUUAGCACUUUGCGGCGUGGAGAAAUCAACAGAAGUGGAGGACCCACAAUUUGGCAUGCUUAUGUGACGAAAUCAGCAACAUUUUGUGUAGCAGUGUUUUACGCGGAAUGUUUGGACAAGUCCCUGAAAAUGCGAGACAGCAGACAACUCAGUAAAUUGCAAAUAUAG